AAUAAUCGUGUCGACAUAAGGAAUUUGCACAAAAGAGAUUACAGAACAGUAGUCACAACAUAUAUUACCUCAACAUCUUAUUUAGUGGGUGGGUACAUUACUUCAUGUGAGACUAUUUAUCCACCAGCACCUACUACCAUCCCUCCAAAGAUUCCAGAACCGGUAGUUACUAAAGCGCCAGCAGUUCCAGAACCGGUAGUUACUAAAGCGCCAGCAGCACCUGCUACUCCUAAGGCAGUCGCUACUCCAGAUGCGCCUGCUAUGCCUGGAAUUGUCGCACGCCAAAUACAAACAAAAUGUAGUGUUGUUGGUGACUACCAAACCAUUACAUAUUCAGUAUUUACUACAGUAGAAACUUUGUUAAUCUCAGUAACAGAAUCACCAACGCUGAAAUCUCAAACAAUCGCAACUACGACUUCAGACACAAUCGUAACUACGACCUCAAACACAAUCGCAACUAUAACAUCAAACACCAUCGUAGCUACAAUCUCAAACACCAUCGUAACUACAACCUCAAACACAAUCGCAACUAUAACCUCAAACACAAUCACUAACACAAUCUCAAACACAAUUGCAACUACAACUUCAGAUACAAUC